AUGAGUCGACAAUCACAAACGCUGAAUUAUUUCCACAAGGAAUAUUUUCGUCACCCUGUAAAUUCGUACAAAGCAUUCCCAAAGCUGAAUAAAUGUAAUAAAUCAUGUUCCUCGCUUGUUCGCGAGACCCACUCAUAUACGCACAAACGACGAGCACGGAGGUUGGACGACCGGUGCAAAGAACGACAGAAGCGAUUCGAACGAACACGACUAUGUACGCAUGGAGUUCGUGGGGAACCUGGACUCCUUGCUCGAAGACCUGCGGAGGUGGUGUGGCUAAUGCGGCGUAGUAGAAAAAGAAGGAAACUUGUAAGGAGUAUAGACCACACGAGGCGAGCACGCAACGUGAUCCAUGGACCGAGCUCAUCGGGACCUGACUGCCCUGGACUAGCAAGGCGAUACCACGAGUGUAAUACUGCACCGUGUCCCGGUCCGGUGCGAGAUCCGCGCGUAGAACAGUGUGCCAUGUACGACCGCAGACCUUUUCGCGGUCGGUUCUACACCUGGGUGCCUUAUGUUGAUGGUAAGCUCCUGCUCUCAGUAAUUAUCAGUUAG